AAGCUUCACAAGAAAAGUGAAUUAAAAUCGGACUUUCCCCCAACUCACCUAACAACCUUUCUCUCUGACUCUCCCUUCUCUCCGUUCGCCGGAGAACUCACCGGCGGCAGAAUCCCAAACAGCGAGAGAAGAUGGGGAAUUGCAACACGUGCGUGAGAAAAGACGUGGUAGAGUCAAACCGAGGGAGAAAGAAGAAAGCGAAACCAAAACCGAACCCAUUUGCAGAGGAGGAGGUACGUUCGGGUUCGGGGGUUCCGAUCCGAGUGCUGAAGGAAGUGACAUCGCGGAGUCGAAUUGGAGACAAGUACGUCAUAGGUCGGGAGCUAGGUCGGGGAGAGUUCGGGAUAACGUACCUGUGCACGGACCGGGAAACGAAGCAAGAGUUAGCGUGCAAGUCGAUUUCGAAACGGAAACUGAGGACUGCGGUGGACGUUGAGGACGUGCGGCGAGAGGUGGCGAUCAUGUCAACGUUGCCGGAGCAUCCGAAUGUGGUGAAGCUUAAGGCCACUUACGAAGACGAAGAGAACGUUCACCUUGUCAUGGAGCUCUGCGAGGGUGGCGAACUCUUCGACCGUAUCGUCGCACGUGGCCAUUACAGCGAGCGUGCGGCGGCACACGUGGCAAGGACCAUUGCUGAGGUUGUUAGAAUGUGCCACGCCAAUGGAGUGAUGCAUAGGGACCUUAAGCCUGAGAAUUUCCUCUUUGCUAAUAAGAAAGAGAAUUCCGUUCUUAAGGCCAUUGAUUUUGGCCUCUCUGUGUUUUUCAAGCCCGGGGAGAGGUUUUCAGAGAUUGUGGGGAGUCCGUACUAUAUGGCGCCGGAGGUGUUGAAGAGGAAUUAUGGAGCGGAGGUUGAUGUGUGGAGUGCUGGGGUGAUUCUUUAUAUUUUGUUAUGUGGUGUUCCUCCCUUUUGGGCAGAGACGGAACAAGGGGUGGCUUUGGCCAUUUUGAGGGGGGUGAUUGAUUUCAAGAGGGAGCCUUGGCCUCAGAUUUCAGAUAGUGCUAAGAGCCUUGUGCGUCAGAUGUUGGAACCUGAUCCUAAAAAGCGCUUGACGGCUGAACAGGUGCUUGAACAUUCCUGGCUACAAAAUGCUAAGAAAGCUUCAAAUGUUCCAUUAGGAGAUAUUGUGAGGACAAGACUUAAGCAGUUCUCUAUGAUGAAUAGAUUCAAAAAGAGAGCUCUUCGGGUAAUUGCAGAACAUUUAUCUGUUGAAGAGGUAGAAAUAAUCAAAGACAUGUUUACGUUGAUGGAUACUGACAAAGAUGGCAAAGUAACGUAUGAGGAAUUGAAGGCUGGGUUACGAAAGGUUGGUUCACAAUUGGCUGAGCCAGAGAUAAAGAUGCUGAUGGAAGUGGCCGAUGUUGAUGGGAAUGGAGUACUUGACUAUGGAGAGUUUGUAGCUGUGACAAUUCACUUGCAAAGAAUGGAGAAUGACGAACAUUUCCGCAAAGCAUUCAUGUAUUUUGACAAAGAUGGGAGUGGGUAUAUUGAGUUAGGCGAGUUAGAGAAAGCAUUAGCAGAUGAGACAGGAGAAACUGAAACUGAUGUAUUGAAUGACAUCAUGCGUGAAGUUGACAUUGACAAGGAUGGUCGCAUCAGUUAUGAGGAGUUUGUGGCCAUGAUGAAAACUGGAACAGACUGGAGAAAAGCUUCUCGGCAGUAUUCAAGAGAGAGAUUCAAGAGCUUGAGUGUUAACCUGAUGAAGGACGGCUCACUUCAGCUUCACGAUGGUCUUAGUGGUCAAGCUGUAGUGGUUUGAGUACAAAAUUAUAUAUAUUUUUUCUGUAACCUUGGUGCUCAUAACCACUUAGUUUCUCAUUUUCCUUCACUACUCACUACUUGAAAGCAUGGUUUCUGUAAUCUCUCCUUGAAGCAAGUUUUGGGUUGGAGCGUUUUGAAGCAUGCUGAUUUGCCUUGAGUUGGAGUUGGGUUGCUUAGGUUCCUCAGUUGGAUUGGGUAUUAAGAUACCUGAGGCACGAAGCAUGCAUUGGAGGGUUGCAUACUAUAGACGUUUUAUAGCUCGUCGGCACAAGUUGUGGGGGGUUACAUGCUGCGUGCCUCAAACUGUCACAUAUUCUUUGUAUAUCUUUGUCCUUUCAUUCGUGUUUGAUAAUUUCAUUGGUAAAUGCGUUUUUUCUAACUUAUGGGCAGAAAAGCAGUUAGGAUCUGUCUCUUGGCGGUGUGAACUUCUCAGAAAGUUAUAUGCCAGUUAAAGCAAUUUCAAGUUGUCCCAAAAAAAUAUAGUUAUCGUGCCCAGUUUUUU